AUGUCUACUCCACAUAAUCCAGAUAGUAACGAUCCUAUCUAUGCAAUGCAAGAAACUUCAAAUAGCACGCCAGCAAAUCCUCAACUUUCUUCUCAAGAACAAGGAUGGUCAUUUUAUUACGAGCCAUUCAAUGAUUUUCAAAUUUAUCUUAUCAAUAAUAAAGAGACAACUCUUAACGAGCUUAUAAUCAAUACCUUGUAUCCUUCUUAUAAUUAUCACAAUUACGAUAUUUUUGUAUUUUAUUUUCAGCAUCCUAAUGAUCAAAAGAUUUACAAAGUUACUUGUAAAAUGAUUUCACAUUCAACUAUAGUUCAGUAUUUAAACCUAAAUAUAUAUGGAUUAAGGCAAAAUGAACAGCUGCAACGACAACCUUUGGAGUUUUCUAAUCAGCAUAAGGCAAACCUCGAGUUCCACUUGAGACAGUUUCUUACUGAUAAUUUGGGAUCUAACAUCAAUGAUAUUGGACAGAGUAGCACUUCUAAUGCAGAUUUAGUCAAUAACGAUCCAUCUACUCAACAAGGCGGUGAUAGUCAAAAUGAUAAUGGAAAUAAUAUUCAAGAUAAUACUCAAUAA